AUAGAGCUGUAUUAAUCAAUAAAGAGAGGCGAAAAAUGAACAGGUGGCCAUAUCAACAGCAGGCCUUGGUGGGGGGCUGUGUUGCGGACGGAGUCGUUUGCCCCAAGCCUCGUAAGAUUGGCAUUGCCCUUCACUUUCACGAACCCAUGAGACCCCCCUCGCGCUUUCUUCACAUCAAUAAUCAACAAUCAGAGGCGUGUGAAGCGAAAGCUGGAAUGGAACUUCUGGAGAUUAUCCGAGUGAAGGAGAAUUGUGGUUUUGAGAGGUCCAAUUUUCAGGUGGCCUCAUCUCCACCCUUUUUCACUGGAUCACCACCAAGCAGGGCCUCUAACCCCAUCGUCCAAGAUGCACAGUUUCACAGCAACAAUGGCUACCCUUUUUCUCCGUUGUUUGAAGCACCAUCAUCCACUCGUAAAGGUGGAGGUUGUGUCCGGAUGAACUUUGGGCCCAAGCCCGCACCGGUGAGGAUAGAAGGGUUCAACUGUCGUGGGAAUUGUAGUAUUUCUGCAGUAGCGUAGACACACUUCAAAUUCAAGAAACGUCAGAACUCAGAGAGGUACGAGUACCACCAAUAAUAAAACCAACAGGAGAUCUUUGGGAGAGGAACAAUUUGUUUAGUAGUGUAUAUAUCAAGAUCUAAGCAAAGAGUGAGGUCAAAAAUGAUCUGUGUAUAUGGUGGUGAGGUGAUGAGAGGAGUGUAGUCUGUCUUGAAAUAAGAAAACCCAGAGAGAAGGGACAAUAACCCGCCUUUGGGUUGUGUAGUUUUUCAGUUUCUGUGACAUUUGAUGUAGAGAGGAGAAGAAGGCUUUUGUAACUCUAGUUUGUCACCCUGAACCUUCAUUGUAGGAUUAAUCCGAAGGUGGAAAGGGUAAAUGAAAUGUUGUUUUCAAAUCUUUGUUGCCUUAACUGUGGUGUCUUGGGUGCCAUAUUAUGUAUAAAGUUGUUUGAUAACAGCCCGGAUUGGCAUAUUUCUCAUUAA